CUCCUUAAAGGCGUCGGCCCACAGUGCGUGGCCUCUUCCUGUCUCUGCCAGGGCUACGCGUGGUUCAAGCUGUCCGAUCAAGGAGAUCCGGCGGCACCCUCAGGAUGACCGAGUGGGAGACAGCUGCACCGGCGGUAGCCGAGACCCCUGACAUCAAGCUCUUUGGGAAGUGGAGCACUGAUGAUGUACAGAUAAAUGACAUUUCCCUGCAGGAUUACAUUGCUGUGAAGGAGAAGUAUGCCAAGUACCUGCCCCACAGUGCGGGACGCUAUGCUGCCAAGCGCUUCCGCAAAGCACAGUGCCCCAUUGUGGAGCGGCUCACUAACUCCAUGAUGAUGCACGGCCGCAACAAUGGCAAGAAGCUCAUGACCGUGCGCAUCGUCAAGCAUGCUUUCGAGAUCAUCCACCUGCUCACCGGCGAGAACCCUCUGCAGGUCCUGGUGAACGCCAUCAUCAACAGUGGCCCCCGGGAAGACUCCACACGCAUUGGGCGAGCGGGUACAGUGAGGCGACAGGCAGUGGAUGUGUCCCCACUGCGCCGGGUGAAUCAGGCCAUCUGGCUGCUGUGUACAGGUGCUCGGGAAGCUGCCUUCCGGAACAUCAAGACCAUUGCUGAGUGCCUGGCAGAUGAGCUCAUUAAUGCUGCCAAGGGCUCUUCUAACUCCUAUGCCAUCAAGAAGAAGGAUGAGCUGGAGCGUGUGGCCAAGUCCAACCGCUGAGUUCCCAGCUGCUGCCCAAUAAACUGUGCCCAUGGGGCAUCCCUGCCA